GCUUAUUACCCUAAUUAUGAUAAUUUGGAACUCGGGGGCGGUCAAAAGAACGACGUCAAGAUCAAUUCCAACGGAGUAACCAAUAUCACCUUUCCCUUUGACAUUUCAAUCGAUGCCACCAACGGAGAAUAUACACCGAUCUUUAACGACUUGAUCGCCAAGUGUGGCCUUACCGGAGGAGCAAAAGAAAAUAUUGUGGUCAACUAUGUUGUCGUUCUCACCCUUCGUAUUCUUGGCAUUGCCAUCAAACCAACCAUCAGAAACAAGGCCAGUUUCCCUUGUCCUCUGACCGCUUCUGAUCUUGCAACUUUACCCGGCUUAUCUGACAUCAUCACCUCUGUCGCGUCCAACUUUACUUAAGGCUACUUGAAUCCAUAUAUAAAUAUAUUUAUAUAUACACAAACAUACAUGUAUAAUCCCACCCCUUCUUUUCUCUGUCUCUUAUACAUAAUAUUAUUAUAUCUUAUAUCUUAUAUCUAUAUAUGUAAUCAUUUUUUGUAUUUUUGUAUUUCUUUCUUCAUUUACCCUAACAUGGAAAAUCUUUGGUUGAUAUUCCUAUACACACACAAUUACAUACAUAUAAAUAUAAAUAUAAAUAUAAAUAUAAAUAUAAAUAUAAAUAUAAAUAUUUAGUUGGCAAUGUAAAAAUAAAAAUGUACAUCUUUACACACAAAU